GGAAACCAAUCCAUGUGAACGCACUCUCAGCGGUUGCGCUGUAAUAACACCGAGAAGAGGAAGAGAGAAAGAGAGAUUUGCGCGUUGACUUUAUGCCGCAUUUGUGUUUGCACUGAUUUCAAACGGAUUCUGGAAAGAUCUGGACUUGUUUUUCUUUUUCUUGAAGAGAGAACUUGUGCUGCUUCUUGUACCCGGAGCUUUCAGACUGGACUCUGAGACUGGACAGUGAAAAGAAGGGGCAAAGUUUUUAUUAGUAUUAUUAUUACUGAUAUUAGUAUUAUUUCUUUUGAUUUAGAGACAGUACCGCUUUGAUUAAAGCGCACACCUGACUGACUCAGGUAAAGGUAAGCCCCAAAGCCUCAACUCUUCAUCACGCCUCUUAUGUCCACAAAAAUGGAGCAGCCUUUUUACCAUGACGACUCUUUUCUGUUGGGUUACGGCCACACGGACGCCGCGCUGCACGACUACAAGCUCCAGAAGCAGCAGCAGCAGCAGCAGCAGCAGCAGCAGUCCAUGAGCCUGAGCAGCCUGCACGAGUCCUACCGCAGCCUCAAGUCCGACUUGGUGUACCAGGCGUCUCAGGGGGACGUCGGCUCACUGAAACUGGCGUCUCCGGAGCUGGAGAGGCUGAUCAUUCAGAACAGCAACGGAGUGCUGACCAGCCCCACGCCGCCGGGUCAGUACCAACUGUACGGGCACCGCUCAAUCACAGACGAGCAGGAGGGCUUCGCGGAAGGCUUCGUAAAGGCGCUGGACGAGCUGCACAAGUUGAACCAGCCCCCGCCCAACGUGUCGAUCGGUGCGGGCGGGGUGACGACGUGCUCGGUGGCGGCUCCCUCCGCGUUCGGCUCCGCCCUGCAACCAGAAACUCCGGUCUACACCACGCUUAACCCUUACUGCCCGAGCCUCGUCUCGUCCACUACAGCCACCUCGAGCUAUCCAUCAGCCACCAUCAGCUACCUGCCCCCAGCGCACGCAGACGCGUCCUCGCACGCAUACCAGAACUCGCUGGCUGGGGGCGUGCAUCCCGCACAGCGCUUCGUGGCGCUCAAAGAGGAACCGCAGACGGUGCCGGACAUGCACAGCAGCGACGGCUCGCCGCCCGUCUCUCCCAUCGACAUGGAGAACCAGGAGCGCAUCAAGGCGGAGCGCAAGCGCCUGAGGAACCGACUCGCUGCCACCAAGUGCCGCCGGCGCAAGCUGGAGCGCAUCGCGCGUCUCGAGGACCGCGUCAAGGUGCUCAAGUCGGACAACGCGGGCCUGUCGAGCACCGCGUCGCUCCUGCGCGAACAAGUGGCGCAGCUCAAGCAGAAGGUCCUGCGGCACGUCAGCAGCGGCUGUCAGCUCAUGUUGACCAGCAAGAUGGAGGCUUUCUGAAACAAGAAACCCCCUCACACAAACACACACAGAGACACCACACACCUUUAUUCACUAACACUCAAAACACUGGAAAGAUUGUCCAUGGACAUUCAUUCUCGUCUGAACGCCACUGAAUGGACGUUAUGACAUUCUGCUGAGUGAGCUUCAAGACGUGCUGAAAGAAAUGAACGGUACUUCCGUUUGCGGUUGCCGGACACCGUUCACUAGAUCGCCCUGAAGUCCGCACUCCGAGGCGCCUGAGAAACACACAGACUGUACAAUGAGCCAAGUAGGCUGCAAAGACUGCGCGAACAGGCCAGUAAAGCCUACUUCAUGCCAAUAACGUUGUUUUUAAUCUUAUGAUCAAAGGGAGAUUUGUAUGUCUAGUAGCCUAUGACGUCAUACUGUCAUUUCUAAACGUGUAAAUUAUUGUUGUUGUUGUUUUUUUUGGUUUGUUUGUUUGUUUAUUUUUUCAGUCAGGUUGAUCCUGGCUUAAUGUUAAGUAUGUCUCAUGUUUACAAUGUCCUUUUUUUAUUUGUUUAUUUAAGUAAAAAAAAAACUCAUUGAAAUAUA